CGAUCGUCCCUACGGCGAGGAUCGCGCCACCGAGGAUCACGUCGUCACUCCUUGGAGCGUCACUGUUGCGAGUGGUCACUCUUUGUUGAGAGAUCCACGCCACAACAAAGGGCUAGCAUUUACUGAGAAAGAGAGGGAUGCUCACUACAUCAGAGGCCUCUUGCCUCCAGUAGUUCUUUCUCAGGAACUUCAGGAAAAGAAACUGAUGAACACUCUUCGCCAAUAUCAAGUCCCUUUGCAACGUUACAUGGCAAUGAUGGAUCUUCAGGAGAGGAAUGAGAGGCUGUUUUACAAGCUUUUAAUUGAUAAUGUUGAAGAGUUGCUUCCUGUUGUUUACACACCAACAGUUGGUGAGGCUUGCCAGAAGUAUGGGAGCAUUUUUAGCCGACCACAGGGUGUUUAUAUCAGUUUGAAAGAGAAGGGAAAAAUCCUCGAAGUGUUGAAGAACUGGCCUGAGAGGAAGAUUCAAGUUAUCGUUGUUACUGAUGGUGAGCGUAUUUUGGGUCUUGGAGAUCUCGGCUGCCAGGGUAUGGGAAUCCCUGUAGGCAAGCUUUCUCUGUAUACUGCUCUUGGAGGGCUCCGCCCAUCUGCAUGCUUACCCAUCACUAUUGAUGUGGGAACAAACAAUAAAAAGUUGUUGGAUGAUGAGUUCUAUAUUGGCUUAAGGCAAAGGCGUGCUACUGGCGAGGAAUAUGCAGAACUUCUAGAUGAAUUUAUGUCUGCUGUCAAGCAGAACUAUGGGGAGAAAGUCUUGAUACAGUUCGAAGACUUUGCAAACCAUAAUGCUUUUGUAUUGCUUGAAAAGUACAGCAAGACCCAUCUAGUGUUCAAUGAUGAUAUUCAGGGAACAGCUUCUGUAGUCCUUGCCGGACUUGUUGCGUCAUUGAAGUUGGUUGGCGGAACUUUGGGAGACCACAAAUUUUUGUUCCUUGGAGCUGGCGAGGCUGGUACUGGUAUUGCAGAACUCAUAGCUCUUGAGAUGUCAAAGCAGACGAAGUCUCCAAUUGAAGAGUGUCGCAAGAAAAUAUGGCUUGUUGAUUCAAAGGGAUUGAUUGUUAGUUCACGCCUGGAGUCCCUUCAACAAUUCAAAAAACCUUGGGCUCAUGAGCAUGAACCUGUCAAAGAACUUAUUGAUGCUGUAAAGACACUUAAGCCAACUGUGCUGAUUGGAUCAUCUGGAGUGGGACAAACGUUCACUCAGGAAGUAGUGGAGGCCAUGGCCUCCUUCAAUGAGAAACCCAUAAUUCUUGCCCUCUCAAACCCAACGUCACAAUCUGAAUGUACUGCUGAACAGGCCUACACCUGGAGUGAGGGGCGUGCAAUAUAUGCUAGUGGAAGUCCAUUUCCUCCUGUUGAAUAUAAUGGCAAGACAUACAUUUCUGGACAGGCAAACAAUGCUUAUAUUUUCCCAGGAUUUGGUCUUGGUCUGGUAAUGUCUGGAGCUAUCCGUGUACACGAAGACAUGCUUCUCGCAGCCUCGGAAGCUUUGGCAUCACAGGUGACACAGGAGAACUAUGAGAAGGGACUGAUCUAUCCACCCUUCACAAACAUCAGAAAGAUAUCCGCCCAUAUUGCUGCUAAAGUUGCUGCCAAAGUUUACGAUCUUGGCUUGGCCAGCCAUCUCCCUCGUCCAAGCAACCUGGUGGAGUUUGCUGAGAGCUGCAUGUACACUCCUACAUACCGUAACUACCGAUAAAUUCUUUAGACAGACAGAUUCUUUCAAUUUUGCAGUAGCCAUUCACUACAUAUUGAGGCAUGGAUCUGCAAGUUGCCAUUUAUAGUCGGUCAUCUCAAGUUUGUUGGUCUUUUUUUUUUCUUUUUUUUUAUUUUCUUUUCUUUUUAUCGAAGUGUGCCUUAUCAUGGGAUUCCCCUAUUAUUAUCUUUUUUAUACUUCUACCCCAAUUGUUCCAUUUAAUAACUACGGAUUGUAUCGACUCUAUUCAUAGUGAGAGGUGACUUUGGUAUCAUUUAUUGGAAAUAGAAGGCAAUAUUACAGAUUGUUGCGGUGUGUUA